UCUGUGAUUUGACGUUUGUGUUCUUAACCUCUAAACUAAAUAAAUAAUAAAUAAUUGUAAUUUUUUUUUUUGUUACAUUUUAAAUCAUUUUUGGUUCUAUUCUACUCUGAGUUUUCUGAAAACUGAUAUUUAUAUAAUUUUGCUCCAAAAUGAAUGGACUCAUAAAUAAUGUAGCGUUCAGGCUAAUGAGUCGGCCAUUCUCUUGGACACAAGUAGCACAUAUGAAACAAUGGAGAAUUUCAAAGGGAUUGUCAGCCAACCGCAACGCCGAAGGUGUUCUCACAGAUGGGCCUGACUACACCUACUUAGAUGGUAGACCUACACCUUUACUUGUAAAGCAAAAGAUGAGGAUGCUUAAACAACAGAAUUACGCAAAUCAAAUUGUCACAUUGUGUUCUGAAUUAGAUUUUGCUAAAAAGAGACACCAAGAAAUCUUAAAUGCUAAAGAGCAAGAGAGACAGGAUAUAAUCAAUGACCGUUUAAAACCUAAAGGGAAAGUUAUGUUAAAGAAAAAGUAGUUUAUUUAAUAUUUUAGAAUUAUAAGUGUAGUUUAGUUAGAGAUAGAAUAAACACUCAUUAAGAAA